AUGCCGACCAGGUCGGGUACGCCGCUUCGCACCCCCUCCAAGUCAGCCAAUAGCUUUGACGUACUGGGUGUUGAUCAUUUGAAUUCAGAGGAAGACCAGAAAAGUUUAAAAAAUUUGUCGCCGAUGAUGACACGCUCGAAAACGAGGGCGAAGAGCAAGGCGUCUCGGAGCCAACUGGCACCAUCUAACGCAUCGCAGCCAUCUCCCAAGCUGAGCUCGGAUCCAGCCCUCAAAUCAAAGACAAGCUCGCUCCGGCAACGCACGCCAGCUGCACCGACGCAUGCCAAGGCGGCAACGAGUACGGCCGGAGCUACGACGCCAACAACAGCAUCUCAGCCUCCUGUGUUUUGGAAAAAAGUCCAAGAGCGUGUCAUAUUCUCACUUUUAAUGAUUGCUGGCUUCACAUUUAAUUUGGCCAUGGGCCCCUCCUAUAUGAUUCUGCUGGUGCUCGUGCUGGAGACACUUGUCUACCGAGAAGUCACGGCUCUAUUUAAUGUACCUGGUCGCACACUGUUGUCGCCUCAAUCCCAAAAUGAGGCAGAAGAGGAAGAGGACAGGAUGUCACAGCGCGAAUCGAGCCGCGAGGAGCUUUGGAAUAAGACGCUGAGCUGGUACUUUUUUGCCGUGUGCAAUUUCUUCCUGUACGGUGAGUCGCUCGUGUACUACUUCAAGCACAUCAUCAUGGUGGACUCAUUCUUUCUGCGCUUUGCGCCGCACCAUCGCUUCAUAUCCUUUAUGUUGUACAUUUUUGGGUUCAUGGCAUUCGUCUCGAAUUUGAAGCGCAAGAACCUAAAGCACCAGUUUGCCCUGUUCUGUUGGGUGCACAUGUCGCUCAUGCUUAUUGUGUUGUCGAGUCAUUUCUUGGUGGACAAUAUUUUGGAAGGUAUCAUUUGGUUCUGGGUCCCUGCCAGCCUGGUGAUCUGCAACGAUGUGUUUGCCUACAUCUGCGGUAUGAUCUUUGGACGGACGCCCCUGAUUAGUCUGAGCCCGAAAAAGACGGUCGAGGGCUUUGUGGGCGCUUUGCUUAUCACGCUCGUAUUCGCUUGGUUCUGGGCAGGCUUCUUCCAACGAUUUGACUACAUGGUCUGCCCGGCCGUGAGUCUUGGCAUGAGCGCCUUCCACCCGCCGCGCUGCAACGUGAACCCUGUGUUUUCGCUGCACAAGACGCCCCUGCCUGCCACAUUAGCACAUGGACUGACGGCGGUGAUGGGCCGGCCUAUUACCACCGUCUCAUGGACACCAUUCCAGUGGCACGCCGUGGUCAUGGCAGCCUUCGCCAGUCUGGUUGCGCCAUUUGGUGGCUUCUUUGCCAGUGGCUUCAAGCGUGCAUUCAAGAUCAAAGACUUUGGUCACAGUAUUCCGGGACACGGUGGUCUGACCGACCGAUUCGACUGCCAGUUCCUCAUGGGUCUCUUCAGCUACGUUUAUUACUCUUCGCUCAUUCGUGAGUCCCGCAUUAGUGUGCAGAUGAUCAUGCAGAUGAUUAUCACGCAACUGCCGAUCGAAGAGCAGAAGCAGCUGCUGUACAACCUCACCUCGUACCUAGCUGAUGAGAACUAG